AUGUGCAAAACGCCUGCUGCGACCACGUCGUACUUGAAGGCGCUCCCGACCACGCAUCUGCACACGCUCAAGGUCGAUGGGGGGAACCAAUAUGGCGUCGACGCCUCCGCCAUUGUCAGCUGGCUGCAAGGGCCCCGCGCAGCGACCUUGUCUCUCUCGUGCGAGACCGUCAUUGACGCGCCGGCACUCGCGAGUGCGAUCGCAGGCUGCGCGCAUCUGACCUCGCUCAGCGUCGGUGGCUUGCCGAACGUUCUAGAAGCGCUGAUCUCGUCGCCAAUGAGCUUGCAUCACAUCACGGCACUCUCGGUGCGUGUGCAUGACAGCCAACAUGAGCUGGCUCCCCGACUGCUCCGGAAGCUGGAUCGGACCAAGGUGACGUCGUUCUCGCUCCACCUUGAUGGCGGUUUGAAUGAACAGAUCGAGACGGAUGUCCUCAGCACUCUCGCGUUGUGCCCGGGACUGACGUCGCUGAGCCUCUACAACGUGCACAUGCCUCCUCUCGAAGAUGCAACUGGCGUCUGGCCGCAGCUGGCGACCGUCGCAGUACGCUAUUCGGUGCUCCCUCGGUCGGCUGACGAGAUCGAGCUCCUCCAGUGGCUCUCGACCUCGCACCGCUUGAAGGUCGUCAACUUGGACCGCACGCAGCUCGAGACAGAGAGUUUCGUGGAGCUGGCGCGGGCACUGCCGGCGUGGAUGGCGAGAGGCCUUGAGACGUUGUCGCUAAGUGAUGCAAGGCCAACGGACGACGACGUUGCCGUGCUCGUCGUCGCCCUCGUCCUCGCAGCCGGCCGUAACAAGCGGCAUCUGACACUGGACUUGACCGAGAACACUUUCACGUCCACAACUGUGACCUUGCUCUUGACAGCGCUCGGCGCGUGCCUCAACGUUACGCUCCAUGUGGACGAGGACGAGCUUGAUGAAGAAAUUCGAGCACUCGGCGAGCAGCACCAGCUCGUGGAGACGUCACCAGGUGUCUUUACGUCGCCGACGCGCGCCUCGUCCCUGUGGCAUACCAGUAGUACGACAUAG